CCCCUCGAAAACAUGUGAUUUAUGACAUUCUAUGGUAGAGGCUACAUUUUCCCAUUCAAACCGGUCUCAUGCGCCCUCAUUGUAAGACAAUUACGCUCACGCGCUUGUCACAUGUCCGUCAUGUGAGCCCGUGGGGUAUACCUCUCCUUUCAGUCAAAACAAACUGUCAAACAGUUCUCACAAGCUUAGCGUUCCCGGCCCAUUGUCUAUUUUGCUCCUUGAAUCAGCUCACGCUGUCCUGUGACAGAGCUUUGGUAAAAUUUGCUUCUAGCCACUCUGUGCGCACCAAAUGCGGUCAGAAGAACCACCAAAGCGGGAAAAUAUUUGGUAUUUACAGUGGAAUCAUUAUGUUUUUGGUGGUUUUCUUCCAACUUUCCUUCGUCGUGUGUUACGGACAGUUCCCUCGAGCCUGUACGGACGAUUUGAGCCUCUCCACCGGCAGGUGUUGCCCCUUGUGGCCGGCUGCAGACGGGACAGCUUCGCCUUGCGGGGAGGCUCUGGGCCGAGGCACCUGCCGUCAGAUUCAGCCGGACGACUCUCCCCACAGCCCCAGCUACCCCUACGUGGGAGUGGACGACCGGGAACGAUGGCCAACUGUGUACUGGAACUGGACUUGUGAAUGCCGAGACAACUUUUACGGCAUCGAGUGUAGUGAGUGUAAGCACGGCUAUACAGGCCAGAACUGUACGGAACGAAAGGUUUUAAUCCGCCGGAACAUCUUCGACCUGUCAUGGUGGGAGAGAACCCGUUUUCUUCGAGCGCUAGACGAAAGCAAAGCUACCGUGAGCGAGCGUUGGGUCAUCCCUGUGACGCCCUACGUCAACGUCCUCACAAACGGAAGCAAACCUGAAUUUGCGAACGUCACGACGUACGACGCUUUGGUCUGGAUGCACUACUACGUAGUCAGGGAUGUUCUCCUACCCGAAGGAGGUGUGUUUCCAUCUGUAGACUUCGCACACGAGGGUCCGGCCUUCUUGCCGUGGCAUCGUCUGUACCUGCUCCUUUUGGAACGAGAGCUGGCUAAAAUCAUUGGGGACGAGAAUUUCGCUCUGCCAUACUGGGACUGGCGGGAUCUCGCUGACUGCGGUGACAUCUGUACCGACGACUUCUUUGGCGCGAGUAUGCAAGAUGGCACCGGCAGACUGAGCAGGGGAUCAUUCUUGUCAGAUUGGAAGGUGGGUUUGUUUAUUUGUUUGUUUGUUUGUUUGUAUGUUUGUUUGUUUGCAUUCACCACAAAGUGAAACAGGCAAAACGGGCCCAGAGUGACCAUCACAAGUUGCCCUCCCUCACAUAAAAAGCAAGAGUUCGUAGACCUCAGGCCUGCAUGAAAUGUAUUGGGUGUCUGUAGACCUAUUGUUUAUUUUUUUUCCUUUUCGUCCGUGGUUGCGUGGUUGGAAAAGUGAGAUUUUUACCUUGUUGGUUUGACUGCACCAUGCCAAAGUCUGAAAUUCCAUUUUGGGAAUGUGUAAGCUUGGGCAUGGAUGAACAUUACUUAUUUGG